UUCUAGAUGAUCUCGCGGGCAGGCAGGCAGGGCAGGCAACCGGACCAGUAGACGAGGAGGAGCGCGUGCGAUAGCGCUGGUGCCCCGAACAACUGAUCGGCGGCCAUGGCGUUCGCAAUGGCUAAUAAGGGGCCAUACCUAGAGAAUUAUAAAGAGACCGAAGAGCCGAUUCUUGGUGGUUCCCCCAGCAGUUCGGGGUCUGGGCGCCGAUAUCUCUCAUGGGAGGCCAUGCUGGUCAUCCUUUGCGGUAUCGUACUCUCACUCGUCUUCGCCUUCUUCAUCCACUCCGCCAUACACACCAAGUCGAGACCCAGCCUCGGUGCUCUGGACGGCUCGCAAAGCAUCGAUAACGAACUUGGCGACUGGCCUAGCAACGAAUAUGAACGGAUGCACGCCAAGAAGGAGCACUUCGACGACGCUACGUUUGAAGUGGCCCAGCCCCCGAAAAUGAAGCCCAAAGAAACAAAGGACCAUCGUGCACAGCAGAAGCCGCACAAGCAGCAACACGGUUACAUGGUCACGUUUCCCAAGAGACCAACGAGGGAGUCACCUAAAGCGGACACCUCCUCUGCCGCACCGGAACGUCCAUUUGAAGAUCGCGAGCCACCUGUUGGAUCCUUAGCUCCCAAAAGAGUCCUCAACCACUUGGUGUGCGUGCUCUCAAGCAAUGUAACGGCGUCGUCUCAACUACCUCGGGAACAAUGUACUCACCUCGUUUACAACGAUAUCACCUACGAGAAACAUGCCAAACGAUUUGCCCCCACAAUCAACAGUUCGGGGUUCGUAGCCUUUAUGAAGUUGCGCGAGCAGGCUGCAACGCUCAAGCUUGUCGUGGGACUCAACGGGCAAUUCUUUCGCAACCUGAGUGACACUGUGGAAAAGAACGCUGCGGGAGUGCAAGCUCUGGCUCAAGAAAUGGUUACUUGGUUGACUCUCAAUGAACUCAGCGGCAUCGCACUUACGGGACAGCUCAUCAUGUCUUCCAGACAUCACCUCAUCGUAAAGACCCUCAGGAUUUUCCACGAGGCUUUGCAAGCCGUCGGAGAACCUAAGCCCAUUUUACUGUAUGGUGGCUACGUGGCGACGUUGCAGUAUCCCGAGAAGAUGAUCAUGGGACGCUUAAAAGAGAUUGGGAGUGUAACUGACCUGUUGGUCAUCGAGAGCCAUUACCACGAAGAGGAACAGUUCUGUAAAAUCGUUUACCCGUCCGUCUACGUCAAGAUAGGCGACUACCCUGCAAGCAUACCUAUUAAAACCGCCAUGAUAUGGAUGGAGAUGCUGAAGGAAGAUCGUCCGUCGAAAAACAGCACUAACAUGUGUUUCUCCCUGAGCAUGGCCACGUUGUCUUUUGACGUGACCCUGGACGACCACACUGUCCCCGGGACCUGGUGUCAGGGCCGGAAAUGGAUUAACUACGGAAGUAUGUGCACGUCGAAAACGUGGGUCGUUCCCGAAGAAGACACCACAGUUCUUUCGACGUUCCGUCGCAAGAAACAUAACUGGGUAUCCUACGACAGUGACUACGCUAUACGAGAAAAGGUUGGCCGGGCGAUGGACGUGUUCCACGGCGUCUGUGUGGCCGUGUAUCACGUGGACCACGAUGACAAUGAGGGACUAUGUACCGAGCAGACGAUCUUUCCUCGUCUAAGCUCCAUACGGGAGGUGCAGAAGAAUCACGUGGACCGGGAGUAUUUUGGGAUAGAAAAGAAACCUGUGCCGUUGUCUCACGACCGCGAGAGGUCCAAAGAAGUUCCACCAAACAACACUCUCAUCUGCGUCGUCAGCGAGUUCCCCACGGACCUCGACCACUACCCGACAGAGUUCUGCACGCACGUCGUGUACCGGGACGUGGUGUUCUUCUCUGAGCACCGCUGGUUCCUGCCCAAGGAGCACGAACACGGAUUCCACGCGUUUAUGCAACUGGCAUCGCGUACGCACGCUCAGUUAUUCAUCGGACUCGACUCUCAGCAGCUGCCGGACUUUUACAUUCCCGUCUGGAGAGACCCCAGCAAGCAGGGACACUUCUCUCGAAGCGCCGUGCACUGGCUCAACGCUCACGGCUUGGAUGGCAUCGCCCUACUGGAUCAGCACGUUUCAUCAUCCUCUGUGGUCAAGAAGUACUUUCCCCUUGUCAAGAGGCUCCGACAAGAAUUCGAAAGAUCUGAACGCAAAUUGUCUAUCAUGGUCGGAAUGAGCUUGAAGGACUAUGCUUCGACACCCGAAGACAUCGCAGAAGCGUUAGAAGAUAUUACGAGCGUUUCGGACUACUUAAUCAUCGAAACACACUACAUGAAGCCCUCAACGCCCUGCAGAGUGACCCUUCCAUCUACGUAUCUGGAACACGAUGUGUUGUCCACGACGACUCCCGUGCGUACCGCUGUGUCCUGGAUGAAGUUACUGAGCGUCGAAAACCAAACCAGUGCCACCCUGUGUGUCUCGCUUAGCAUGGCAGCCAUCAACUUCCGUAUAAGGUCGCCCUCCGACAAUGUCACGUGUAAACUUGAGAAAUGGGUCAACUUCCGAGAGACUUGUUCGACAGGGGAGAACUACGAGCCGACGGCUAAGUUUGCCGAUGCUAUUACCGCGUAUCGCAAAAAUAAGAACACCUUGCAGGCCUUUGAGAAUGAAGAGACCAUCAGAGAAAAGGUUGAAAGAGUGGUUAGUCUCUUUCCAAAAGCAUGCGUGGCGGCUUUCCAUGUGGAAUACGAGGACUCUCUGGGACAGUGCCACAGCAAAUUUUCCAGGCUGGCUACAAUCGAGGCAACUCUGAAACGCGGGCCGAAUCCAAAUCUGAGAGACUUGAAACCGAGGAGGAAAGAUCUAGGUCCUGGAGGAAUCGAUACCCGUGGUCGCAUCGGCAAGCCUGAUGAUGAAAGCCCAACGUCGACGACACGAAAUCCUGCCACACGCCCUCACAACCUGAUAUGCGUUAUGUCCGACAAUACGACGGAAAAGUCGCAGUUUCCUGACAAACUGUGCGACUUCAUCGUCUACAACGACCUCACCUACGACGGCCAGCUUGACAAGUUAAUCCCCAAGAACAAUGGUAGCGGCCUACAAAUAUUUUCUUCCAUCGCCGAGCAUCAAGCGGGCAACCACUUGGUGGCCGUCAGUCAGGAAGACAUUAGCGGUUGCCUUGAGAAGUGGAAGGACGCCCUGGCGCUCUCCCACUUUGUCAUCACCACAACGGCCUGGGUUCGAAAGAACAAAUUCGAUGGACUCGCGUUCCUUAAUCAACGUGUCCCGCCGAGCGACAUGCCCACUAUUCUGAAAAUGCUUCACAAAUUUCAUGAAGCCUUCAAGGAGAGCCGACCCCGUUCACUGCUUCUCAUGUUCGGAGCACAGAUCAGCAACCCCCACAACGCGUCAUUUGUGAAGGAAUACCUCCACAACUUGGAACAGAUUGCAAAGGUGGCGGACUACACCAUCGUCGAGACUCAUCACCAAGCUUCUCAACCGUGCCGCACUCACCUCCCGAAUGCGUUCAGAGCAUACAACGAGAAAGCCGACAAUGUCCCCGUCGUGACUGCGUUGGACUGGAUCAAGAAUCUUCAGCAGAGUGUGUCUCCUACCCCUGCUGUAUGCUACUCCUUGAGCUUGGCUUCCCUCCUUUACACCACGAGCAACGCAGAGGGUUCAGAGGUCGGAGUGCCGUGCGUGCACGAGACGCUUACUCGCUACAAUCAGACGUGCCGGAGAAACGACUGGUCUCAUCCCGUCAAGGUAGAGAGCGCCCUUUCGUCGUAUCAGCACAAGGGAGAUCAGUGGGAAUCCUUCCAGCCCGAGGAAGCAGUCACCAAGAUGCUCCGACUGGCGGUGAAGAUCAACCCGACGGCCUGUGUGGCUGCAUACAUGGUGGACUAUGAAGACAAUGCGGGUAUCUGCGAACGUGGCAAGACAUUCCCUCGGCUCGGCGCUAUGCGCUCUGUUCUGGACCAAUUGCGAACACUAUGAUUGUUUCAAGUCGUCAACAGUGUAUAUACCCUUGCUGGUGAAGUCAUAAUUGCUCAUGAAAACAGCUUCCUCCUCCAAA